CUACUAACUAUUGUCCGAAAAACCUCACAUCAUCUCUUAGUGCAUUAAAUGAGGUUGUCAAAAAUGAUUUCUCCAAUAAUCAAAGAAGCAAUCACAGAAAUCCUGGAAACCUCUGAAAUUGACAUAAAUCUUUUAUAUAUAUAUAUAUAGCUUGUAACCAUAGGCAAAUGCCAAGCCAAAGCACAUAACACACACUAGCAUUUUAGGUACAAAGAGAUAACCUUUGUUCUUUUUCUUUGCCAUAACAAUGGAGAAGAACAAAAUUAUUGCCCCCAAAAAAGAACCAAAUUACAGAGGAGUCAAAGCCAUGCCUUUUAUUAUCGGUAAUGAGACAUUUGAGAAGCUUGGAACAAUUGGAACAUCAUCAAAUCUGUUGGUUUACCUAACAACAGUUUUCAACAUGAAGUCUAUUACAGCUACAAAUGUUAUCAAUAUCUUCAAUGGAACUUGCAACUUCGGAACUUUGCUCGGCGCUUUCCUCUCUGACACGUAUAUUGGUCGAUACAAAACUCUCGGAAUCGCCUCCGUAUCCUCGUUCCUGGGGAUGGUUGUGCUUACAAUGACAGCAGCAUUUCCAAACCUACACCCACAAAAAUGUGGAUCAGAAGAAGAUAGCAUCUGCACAGAACCUUCACCAUGGCAACUCACAUUCUUAUUCAGCGCUUUCGUGUUUUUAAUAAUCGGCGCGAGUGGAAUUCGGCCGUGUAAUCUAGCCUUCGGCGCCGAUCAAUUCAAUCCCAACACAGAUGCAGGCAAAAGAGGAAUCAAUAGUUUCUUCAAUUGGUACUACUUCACUUUCACAUUCGCCAUGAUGCUCUCGUUAACGGUGAUCGUGUACGUACAAUCGAGCAUUAAUUGGGCCAUCGGAUUAGGCAUCCCUGCUUUCUUGAUGUUUUUGUCGUGCACGUUUUUCUUUGUCGGGACCAGAAUUUACGUUCGGGUUCUGCCGGAGGGCAGCCCCUUGACAAGUGUGGUCCAAACAUUAGUUGUUGCAUUUAAGAAGAGAAAAUUGGAUUUACCGGAACACCCUUCGGUAUCGCUUUUUAAUCACUUUCCCGAGGAUUCAAUUAACUCGAAGCUUGCUUAUACUGAUCAAAUGAGGUGUCUUAAUAAAGCGGCAAUUCUGACACUGGAAGACGAAAUUGACUCGGACGGAUCGGCAAUAGACCCUUGGAGGCUCCGAAGCGUGCAACAAGUCGAGGAGAUAAAGUGUGUUCUAAGAGUGAUUCCGGUAUGGAUUUCAGGAAUCGUGUACCUCAUUGUUUUAAGUUUAAUGCAGACGUAUUUAGUGUUUCAAGCCAUGCAAACCGACCGGCGGCUAGGGCGGUGGGGAGGCGACUUCAAAAUCCCCGCGGCAACUUACAACGUCUUCUCAAUGAUAAGCCUCACGAUAUGGAUCCCGCUCUACGACAGGGUCGUGGUCCCCGCGCUCAGGCGGAUCACGAAGCGAGACGAGGGGAUCACGAUCCUGCAGAGGAUCGGGAUCGGAUUCGUAUUCGCAAUUCUAACGAUGGUGGUCUCGGCCGUUGUGGAGAAUCAUCGGAGGGCGUUGGCCUUCACGCGGCCGACUUUAGGGUUUGUCGCGCGUCGGGGGGCGAUUUCGUCCAUGUCGGGCAAUUUGUUGAUCCCCCAGCUCGCAUUGGCUGGACUUUCGGAGGCGUUUGCGGUUAUCGGGCAAGUCGAGUUCUACUACAAGCAGUUCCCAGAGAAUAUGAGGAGCUUUGGAGGGUCGUUCUUUUUUUGCGGGUUCGCGAUGUCGAAUUAUUUGAGUAGUUUCUUGAUUUCCAUUGUUCAUAGGGCUAGUAGGGUUGGCGAAGGGAGUAAUUGGUUGGCUGAGGAUCUCAAUAAGGGGAGAUUGGAUUAUUUUUACUACCUUGUUGCUGGAUUGGAAGUGUUGAAUUUGGGGUAUUUUUUGGUUUGUGCAAAGUGGUACAAGUAUAAGAGUAUUGGAGAUAGCAAAAUGGAUCUGGCAUUGGAGGAAAUUGAUCCUAAGAAAGGAGUAGUUUAAUUAGUUCAUUAAACUAUGUUAGGGAUUAUUAAACCAUGUGAUGAGAUUUGAAGAAAUUUGAAUAGAGAGAAGGGUUAUAUGGUCCAAGUUUAUCUCAAUUUUAUUGAAUGAAAAUAUUAUUACUUAAUAUAUUGUAGCAAUUAUGUAGAAAUUUGUAAACAUUGCAAAACUGCUUUGAUGUUUUUAUGGAUUCAUUUCAUAAA